AGCAGCUGUGGGGUGGACCUUGCCCACUCUCUGCGCCUGCAUCUCUGGGCUGCCCCUACCUGCCACACCCUGGUGCUGCCUGGGAAACCCUGCGAUGGGCAGAAGGAGGACCCAGGUGUCCUGGUCCCAGCCCUGUGUUUACAUGUAGCAGGCACGGCCUGUGGCCCCCGUGUGCGGCCCUCUGUGGGGCUCUCUGUGGAUCCAGGUGGAAUCCUGCAGGGGCUGAGGAACACUGGGAAGGGGCUCAGUGCCCACAUGGCAUCCCCCUUUCCUUGGGGAUAUUGAGCGCUCAGGCACCUCCCGGGCCACCCUAAGAGCUGGUGACACAAGGACCCCACGCCUGGGUGGGGAACAGGAGAGACAAUGUUUCUGUGAUGACAUACAGACACAUGUGAUGAAAUACACACACACACACCCCUCAAAAACCCAGAUAAACACAUGCAUGUAUCCCUCGUGUGUUCGCAGCUACACCCACCCCUGACGGACAUGUGGGCAGGGGACACACAUGUGACUUUCAAAGACAUCCUUAUAGGGGAAAGAACGUGGGUUUUGAAAUAGGAAAAAAAAAUCUCUUUCUUUGACAAGAAAAGUCUCUUUUCAAAGAGAACUGUAUUUUGAGUUCUCUCUGCUACCUACCAGCUAUGUGACCUUGGUUUUCUUAGGGACCUUAGCUAAAGAUUGGGGUUGGGGGGACCCUGGUAUUCCAACAGGGAGUGAAGGGAGGGCGUUGGGCUGAACCAACCCCCCCCCGCCCCCACCCCAGCCUGCUUCCUCAGCCUGCUUCUGCUGGGGCCCCUUUCAUGGAGCGGUUACAAAGCGGCAGGCAGGCCAGGCUGCUCAUGAUGGCAGGGGAUGCGAAGACUACAGACCAUCACGUAUGCCUGUUCCCUCCCCUUGUCGUUACUUCUACAAACUGUGUCCUCAUCUGCUGUAUCUCGUGUGUUGCGGAGAAUAAACAGAGCGUGGACAGCUUGGAGCAAGCACUAGGGAAGCGCGUUACUACUCACACUCGGGACCACAUUUUCCCAGAGCCUGUUUCUCGUGCUGUCUGUCCCCAGAUGAGGGAGGCAGUGCCAUGUGUUAGGUAGGACAGCUUACUCUCUGGGGCCCGGUUUUCUUUUCUGUGAAAUGGGGAUGAAAACGAUACCACCUACUUCAUAGAGUUGCUUCAAGGAAGGAUUACGUGUACGUAGCAUUUUGUGUCCUGGCAUACAGUUAGUUGUUGGGAGCUGCUGCCUGUAUUGGGCAUAUAUCACAUACCAUAUAAUGCAGUUGCAAGCUUCAGAUAUACAUUUGACAUUUGAACAACACGGGUUUGAACUGCACGGGCCCACUUAUGCUCAGAUUUUUUUCAAUGGUAAAUACCACAGCACUACACCAUCCCAGGUAGGUUGAAUCCUCGGAUAUGGAGGGCAGACUAUAAGUUAUAUGUGGAUUUUUGACUGCAAGGAGGGUUGGGCCCCUAACCCCCGCGUUGCUUAAGGGCUAACCGCAUGUAUAAAAUAGAUGCUCAUUUGGGACUGCAAACACAUGCGCACACGUCGCUCUCUAUCAGGGCCACAGUCCUCACCUCACACUGCCACCCACGUGGCCGAGAAACCUGCAUCAGAGUCAGGUUUCUCUGAGACUUGGCUGAGGCCCAGGCCCUGGCUCAGAUGUCAGGGCCCCACGUUACUGAGCCCAGGAGCCUUUGUCUCCUCCUUGCGCCUGUCCGCAGCUCCUCAUCUUCCUCCUCUCUCCAGGAGCAGCUGGGGGAGGGGAGGGGGGUGGACGUCCUCCCUGGCCCCCUGCCCCAUGGAGCAGGCAGCCACACCUGGGGGCCUAGGGCUCCCCUGUAGCCCCAAGCAGGCCUUGGCCCUGUACCAGCACCUCUUCCGGUGCCCUGCAGGCCUGGGCCAGCUCUGGGCUGCCCUGCAACAGGUGAGGGUGACAGGGCACCAUCUACGAGGGGGCAGGCUCUCCGUGGGGUCUGACUCCACCUUGCCUCCCCAUGUGGGAGACGGCCGGACCUGUCCCUCAGGCCUCGAACUGCCCACCGUGCUGCUGCAGAUGGAGCAGAGCCGGCGGGCCCAGGAGCAGGUAGGCGGUCGUCGGCCAGGGAGGGUGGCAGAGCGCAGGGUGCGUGCCCGCUCACAUCCUGGCACCCCACCUUCCUGCAGCUCCUGUGGGAUUUGGAGCUGCUGACCGGGGCGAGGCUGGGCGUCUCCUGGCCCCCCUGGGCCCAGUUCUGCGGUCUGAGGGACCGGGCCCAGUGUGCGUGGAGCCAGUGCAGCAAGCCCCGUGGUAGGACGGAUGGGGGCUCUGAGCGGCGGACGAGUGGGGUGAGCUGGGGUGUGGCUGAGGGCGGGGGUGUCAGUGAAACACUGGGGCACUUGUAGUGGUUGAGAAGUGGAAGGAAUGUGGGCUCUGGAGACAGAUGGAUCUGGGUUCAAAUCUCUGCUCUGACGCUCCCUGUGGACCGUAAGCCUGUUUCCUCAGCUACAAGAUGGGGAAGAUAAUAGCUCUUUUUCAGAGCACUGCUGGGAGGAUUGUGAACUCAUCUGUGUAAAGGAUUUAGCACCAUGCCUGGCAUACAGGACCAUUCUGGCUUGCUACCAUUCCACAGUGAACUAUCUUGGUCAAAUCAACAGCGUGGUGACACCUAGAAGCCUUUAGACAUGGCUGCAGCAAGGGAGGAAAGCAGGCCUGGCGGUGCCCAGAGGGCAGAGGCACUGAUGCCCAGGGUGGCCCAGAGAUGAGACCCUGAGCAGCCCCAGCCCCAGGCCCCUCCUUCCGGGGCUGGUGGCUGGUCCCACCCUUCUAGGAAGGAGGGUGCUGUGGUGACUGGGAACUAGGAUGUGCCUCGAGUCCUGGCUCAGCCACCAACUGCCUGAGGCCCUUUGGGCAGGUUAGUAGCUUGUAGCAGGAGAGGGUGUUAGUCAUGACCACUAAGGAAGUAUCCGGCCAACACUUUUAGCCAAGGCUGCAGUCUCAUCUGAAGGCUUCAGUGGGCAGGAGGGAUCCAUUUCCAAGCUCCUUCACUUGGAGGGGAAGUGGGGGGGGUCACACAAGGGCACAGAUGCCAGGAGGAGGGAUCACUGGGGGCUGUUGUAGAGGCUGCCUGCCACAUUGGGGGAUGAUGCCCUGUAGACUAGGGUACCCCCCCAAUCCUUCCAGAAUUCCAGGCUGUGCCCAUCGCCCCAGGCUGAGGACUCCCUGAGCCAGGACCGUCAGCUUCUGGAGGGGGGGCUGGCAAAGGACCCAUCAUCAGCCCUGGAUCUGACUGAAGCCAGGUUUGAUGCAGACCCAAGGUGGGAGAGCCCUGGCAUGCCUGCAGAAGGGCCCACAUCUGGUUGCUCACAAGAGCUGAACCUCACCACCAGCAGUAGCUCUGGAGAACCAGGAAGCUCAGAGUUCAAGGAGCUGGCCCAGAGGGAAGACGGGGAGCUAGUAGGGCCCAUGCCCCAGGGGCCCCAUCAACCACCAUCCAGAAGCCUACAGGAGAAGAAGCUGGCUCAGGGAGCCCCAGGGCCCUCAGGCCUCCCCUCCCAGGGCCUGCCAGAACCCCCGGAUCCCCUGGAGGGGCUGGGCUGCAGCCUGGGCCAGGAGAGAGCAGAACUAAAGAAACUGCUAAGAAUUGAGAUUCCUCAGAGUCAGAGAGAGGGGGCCCCUCAGGAUCAGAGAGGCAAGGCCCUCCGGGGGGAGGACAAAGAAGUUCCCCCAAGUAAGAGAGAGAAGACAAACGAGGGUCAGGGUGGGGAGGCCGCUCAGGCUCUGAGGGAAGAGGUCUCGGAAGGUCAAAGGUGGGAGGCCUCCCAGGGUGAGAACGAAGAGGCACCUCGAAGUCAAAGCGGAAGUCGCCUUAAGUGCCGGAGAAAGGAGGUCCUCCCGGAGCAGAGCGAGGAUUCUCCUCAGGGCCCGGAAGUGAAGACGCUUCAGUCUUCCGAGGGCAGAGGCCGUAUCUCACAAGCCUGGGAGGUGGCUCGGGGAGAGGCACCUACACCGCCCCGGGAGGAAGGCGGCUCCCUGGGGAUUCCGGGGGGCUUCUGCAGGCCCCUGGGAGAACGGAUGCCGCAGCCUGGGGGAAGGGAGGGCCCGGACCCGCGGGGAAGAACCACGCAGCUGAGGCAGGUUAAGACCGGUGGCCCGAGAGGAGAGAGCGCAGCGGCCGUGAGAGAGCAGGGGCCCGCCCGGGAAGGGGCGCCGGCUGCCCUUACGCCCCCGGGGCCUCCGGCCCGGCCGCCGCUCCCACGCCCAGGAGCGGUGUUGCUGGCGGCCCUAGGCACUGGUGGUUCCGAGCAGCGGGAGCGCUCCGCAGCUCUCCCAGGGCAUCCGGGCCUGCUGAACGAUCCGCACUCGCUUCGGGGCCCGGGAGGAAGCCCUGGCCCCGCGGAGCAGGAGCUGGGCGGCUCCAUGGGGCUCCCGGGCGCCCUCGGGGGGCGGAGGGAAGGUGCCGAGGCCCCCAGAGCCUCGAAGACCGCGUGGCCCGAGUCCCCGAGCAGGGACAGGCGGUCUGCGGGCGUGAGCGCGGCGCAGCAGGAGACGGCUCUGCAGCGGUUGCUGGAGCUGCACAGUGAGGCCAGGCGUCGGCGGCAACAGGACCGCGAGCAGCAGCGGCUCCGGGUCUUGGAACGCCUCCGCAUCGCCAGGAACCGCCACUGCCGCGUGCACCCCUUGAGACCCCCACCGAGCCCGGCUCAGCUCCCACGACAGGCAAGACCCCUAGGAGAAGGCGGUGGGGCCGCCAAAACCCUGCCUGGGCGGGGGACGGGGCGCGACCUGGGUCCCUUUGACUUGCGCGCACCGCGCACUUGCGAUGACACCUGCGGAGCGGGAGGGGCCGGCCUGCCCGGGUGCUGCCCUCUGCUGGCCGCAUCGAGCCCCGGGGCUGGGAGGCGCGGGCGCUCAGCGCUCGGCGCCGCCCCAGGAGGACGCGGCCGGGCAGCGGAGCGCCCUGCGGGAGCAGCUGAAGCAAAUGCAACGGGAGAGGACCGGGCGGCUGCGAGCCCUCGGGGCCAGGAACACCCAGAACUUCCAGCAACUUCUGUGGCCCCCUGGCUCUGAGGAGCCUGCGCCUGGAGAGCAUCGCUCACUCUUCCCAGCCCUCUCUGGUCACUGCUGAAUCCUCAAAGGGACGAUUAAAGAGACGGGGAUUUAAGGAAAAAGCAAGAGGGCAACCUGUAGGUCAGAGGUAGUUUCAGAAAGGCCCGGAACGCAGCCUCAGGGCCUGGGAGAGCCAGACACAGACACGCAUGGCACUUUCGGCCCACCACGUGUGUUAUUUCUUCUUCCCUCCCCUAAGCCCACUGCCUGGCCCAAGGUCAGAGGGCCAGGUCCCGGGGGUCAAGCAGUGCGAAGGCCCCAUUCUUGCGGAAGAAAGAUUCAAUGCGGCACAUCUUGCAGGAGACCAGUUCUUGCUUCACUGGGGGGCCUGG